AUGGCGGAUCCGCAGCACCACGCGGAGUUAGGACAGGAGCGACUACGGGAGGUUCGCCAACGCCAGGUGGACCGCGGCGGUUCCUCGUGGCUCACCCUUGUUGGUUGGACCUUCCUCACCUUCAACAGCUUCAUGGCCCUCUACCGCUCGGGGGACGACUUCUGGGCCAUCGCCUUGGUGAGCUUUUCCUACAUAGAUCUCGUCUUUCUCUUCUGCUACCUGAGGUGGUAUGAGCGAGAGCCAGGGAGCCCGAGAAGGCAUCGCAUAAAGGUUGCCGUCUGGUUGUUGACCACGCUACUCACAGCCAUGUUCGCCUACAAGGUGGCCGCAGUCUUGCCACUCCCGGUGGCGGUGCUCGUCUGGGCGAUGUCCGGUGCCACCGCGUUGGGUUUUUAUGCUUUCUUCGUCAUCCAUGAUGAGGAAGCGGCCGAUUAG